GACGAAGUGUGUCAAAUGCGAAGUAGCAAUUUAAUGCCCCAUUUCUUUGCCAGUUGAGGUAUUUCGUCAAAUAUAAUUCCACUGUUAUUGAGCACUUAAUCGAUUCCUGCAGUGUAUAGAUCGUUCCAUCCUUCCCUAAAAGAUGAUGUCUGGAGAGCGGCCAGAGUGUGAUGCCAGAAUGUGCAACCAAAACCAGAGGUCAACUGGUUGUCAAUUCACGAAUGAGUUUAUACUCGACUGCUCAAGACCACAAUCGACUUCUUCAGUGGUUGCACCAGAUACUCCGAUUCAGUCUCCAACAAAUUUUGCUGAGAUGACCCAAGUUCCAAUGCAGCCUUUGUGGCCACAGUAUCAACCCCUGACACCAGAGAUUACACCGAAAAACCAAAUGGCACACUUUUCACUGCCUGUUCCACAUCACUUGAUGCCAAGUAAACAAGCUGCAGCACCUAAAGCUGCUGGAAGACCACGCGGUCCAAAGUUUGUUUGGACUCGUGAGCAGAAGUUGCUUCUUGAAGAAUACUACAAGUUGAACCCUUUUAGUAAUCCUUCUGUGGUUGAAAUCUUCAUACAGAAGUGGGAAAUUCCUCCCCAGAAAGUCAAGUGUUGGUUCCAGAACCGCCGCUCAAAGGACCGGAAGAAAAUGAAAGAUGAGCAGGCAGCCGCAGCCGCUGCAGCCCAGGCAAGAGAUGGUUCAACCCCGCCAGCAAUUGUCUCAUCAACAGAUAAUGCUCCAAAGAAGAAGCGCCCUGCUGCCAGGAUGAAACUGCCCCCUCAGUACCCAUACUUUCCAAACACUGGGUUCAUGCCUGGCUAUGAUCAGUCUUACCUCCACAGCAUUGGCACACAGAAUCCUGUUCAGUUUUCUGUUGCGCCAUAUUAUUCAAAUUACCCAGCAUUGAUGUCGAGAAUAAGCAAUAGAUUCUGUGCUCCAACAUACUCAGACAAACUAUAUCCUUACCAACCAGCUGUCAAUAUGCCAAAAGGACCUAUCUACUCAAAGGAAAAGAACUAUGCUGAAAAAACACAGAACUACCAGUUUGGUGGUAUGGAGUCUUCCAAGAACUAUUUCGUUCCUCCAACAUCUUACUCUCAAUCCGUUGGGAUUCCGAAAGUUGCUACCUCCUACUCGCCAAAGGCCAUGGCCACAUACACAGCUAGUGUGGGUGGUAUGAUGACUCCAAUGAACUUGCCCUUCAUGACUCAGAUGGAUCAGACUAAUGCUAAAACAGCAUACUCCAGUGCACCAGCCCAAAGAGGAUAUCAAGCACCAGUGUUCAGGAGUAAUCAUAAGUUUUUUCGACCACUCUAUGAUCAGAACUACACCUACCCUGACGUAUAUGGCAGGAGCAUCAACCAGGAGCAGUCAAAGAGUGAUGGUGUGGACCAGAGUGGUAUCGAACCAGUCUCUCCCCAGUCAGAUAUCAGCGAAUCUGCCCCUUCCAAGUCUGAUGGUGAUGACUGCCCACCAGAGGAGACUGUUCUACCAGAGAAUCUUUCUGUUAGGCCAGAGAAUCCGGCUUCAAUUGCAAGCAGCAGUUCUCCCUCGUCACCUGCUGUUGAUACUAGUGCUUCCGCAAGUUCUGAUUUUUUGGUUGCCAACGAUUCUCCCGCUUUGACCCCACCAUUUACCCAGAAAUCCCUAGGUUCUUCUUCAGCAAAUGGUUCUUCCACUCUUGUCUCUUCAGUUGCCUCUUCAUCGAGUGGUCCUUCAACAGUGGCCUCUACUGGUUCUAGCACUGCCAUUAUCUCCUCUGAGUUCAGUGAAGCUAUUGUUGUCACAGCUGCUACUGCCUGUCCUGCCACCACUGAGAGUGGCAAAGUUUUGUUAGGUUCUUCAGUGGGAUCCACUUGCAGCUUGCCUUUCAAGGAGGACAAGUUUUCUCAAGGAGCUUCCAACGCAUACAAGGAUUUGUCGCUGAGUUCCUAUGAUAAGGAAUCUCAUCCCAUUGCCUGGAAGAAUGCUGAUCCGAAUGACUUCGAUGAUUCUACUUCAAGUGCAUACAACGAUUCUGAUUCGAUUUCCUACAAGACUUCUGAUUCAAAUACGUACAAGGAAGCUCUUCCCAAUGCCAACAGAGAUGACACCAUGGAGUCUGGCCUGUUUUCUACCUCAAGCUACUUUCCGUACAAUAGCAUGUACAUGGGUUUGCCCACCAAUCCUGUUCCGGCACAUACCAAAAGUUGGAUGCCUAGUGAUGCCAGAAAUGCAGGAUGGUCCGAGUCGACACCAAUGGAUGAGAACAACAACAUACUAGUUGGUAACUAUGAAAAGCAAAUCGAUGGUGCAAGAAGGUUGCAGAUGAUGUCUGAGCUGAUGUUGCAGAUGCAGCAAAAACAUAUGAUGUUGCUCCCGAAGGAUGAGUUCAGUCCAAGCAAUGAUGGGGAAAGACCACCAAGCUGUGAGACUAGUCUUGAUGGCGAGUGUAGUGAAGUGACCUAUUCAGAUAUUGAACAGAACUGAAGUUGGGACAAAGUUUUGUUUUAUUUGCAAGUCAGUUAUUAUGUUGAUGGGGAAAGAUGGAGCCCUGAAUCUAGUCUAGAUGGUGAUAUGUGUUGCAGUGAAAUGACCUAUUCAGAUCGAACACUUCUAGUCUAGGUGGUGAUGUAGUAUUAAAAUGACAUAUUUAGAUAUGGAGUAUAACUGAGUUUGGGACAAAGUUGGUUCAAUUUGCAAGUAAGCAAUGACAUUGAUUUUUGAUGGUGCUAUCCUAUGAUAGAAUAUGUCCUUGUUUUGUCUAGAAAGCAACUCUUGGAAAAUAAUGGCCGGUUGGUACGUUCUGAGGAUAAUUUUGUUGUCGAUUAAAACUGCUGAUUAUAUUUUUGUGCCAGUGAAACCCUUUGGUUGGCUCAGGCUUGUGUAUCAAAGUUCCUCCACCUUAGAUAAUUGUACCUGUAGAAAAUUGUAGCAAGAAGGUGAUCCAUUUAUUUUGAAUGUAAAUAUCUGGAUGAGGUGAUGAGAUAUGAUUUUGAGUUACAUUUUGUAACGCAUAAUGCCAUUUGAGCAAUCUGAAAAUGGUGAAUGACCGAUUUGUUUGGAAACUGUUCCUUUGUAUUGAAGGAUGUUGGGAAUUAAUGUCUAUCGUACAUCAUUGAGUAAUGUUUGCUGAAUUAUUAAUAAAGGAACAUUGAUCUAAAACAAGUGUAUCGGAGUGAAAAAUUGAGAAAUAAAUAAAUAUAAUUUGACCACAUUUAGUAUGUACAUGUAUGGAUAUACAGGUUUGCUUUAGUUGAAUUGGUGUUGUUAGUUUUGUCAGAGAUAUCCCCAAGUUUGUAGUCAGUGAUCGUUUUCAGAAAAGAGUUCUGUUCCUGUGGUAUUGUUUUCAAAAUUUGAUGUUGAGAUUGUCCGAGUUGUCACCUGGUGCUUUUUUGUUUACAUUGCUCCUUAUUGAACCUGCCAUUUACAAACUACUAACUCUGUAUGAAUCCACAAAAUAUGUACUGUUCAGCAACUGCGUAUAUGUCAAAUGCAUUAAUAAGAAAGGGAUGUGCUGUUUCCUCCCUUUGAUGUACUUCAGACCGCCAUUUUGCAUUACAUAAUUUGUGAAUUGAUUAAUUUAAAAAGUUUGACUUGAAAUGCAGGGCCAAGUGUUUUUGGCGUCCCUGUGUAUUGUCGAUUCAAACACUGUAACAUGUGCUUUCAGGCAUACCUACUUUACAUUGUAACCAACUUGAAUUUCUGAUGUAGAAGUUCUACAUUCACGUUGAGCUUUCAAAAAUACCAAAGCAGAUUUAGUAGUACCAGUAAUAGUGUAAAUCCAGCAUUUAAUUUCUGUGUUCAUCUUCAUCUUGUGCUCAUAUUGUGCACAGACGCGUAAAGUUACAGUUUUAUCUAGUUCUAUGUUUAUAUAGAUUUGUUAAUAUUUUACAUCAGGGGC